GGAUGCGCUUCUAGUGCUCAGUAGUACACAGACACACAGAGAGGAUACACUGGUGGCAGGACUGGACCGGUGACGCAGAAUGGCUCAGAACGGAACUACAGAGAACGGGGUGACGGGGGCGAAUGGCGAGGGGAGCCCUCCCAUGCCUUUUCCUCAGCCGGUCAAAGUGCAGGAGAUACGCCACACCAAGAUUUUUAUCAACAAUGAGUGGCACACCUCUGUCAAAGGAAAGACGUUUCAGACCUUCAAUCCAGCAACAGGUGUCAAAAUCUGUGAAGUGGAAGAAGCAGACAAAGCAGAUGUGGACAAGGCUGUAAAGGCUGCCAGAGCGGCCAGCCAGAGGGGCUCGCCGUGGCGAAGGAUGGAUGUGUCAAGCCGGGGGGCGCUCCUGCACAAGCUCGCAGACCUGAUCGAGAGGGACCAGGCACUGCUAGCGACCAUGGAGACUAUAGACACUGGGAAACCAUUCCUACAUUCUUUCUUCAUUGAUCUGGACGGCAGCAUCAAAACCCUUAGAUACUAUGCCGGUUGGGCCGACAAGAUACAUGGCAAAACCAUGCCUGUAGAUGACACUUUUAUGUGUUUCACCAAACAUGAGCCCAUAGGUGUGUGUGGAGCCAUCAUUCCAUGGAACUUCCCCCUGCUGAUGUUCAUGUGGAAGGUGGCCCCAGCGCUGUGCUGUGGGAACACUGUGGUCAUCAAGCCAGCCGAGCAGACCCCUCUCACAGCCCUGCACGUAGGAUCUCUCAUCAAAGAGGCCGGUUUCCCCCCCGGAGUGGUGAACAUCGUGCCAGGGUUCGGCCCCACGGCAGGCGCAGCCAUUGCUAGCCACAUGGGCAUCGACAAAGUGGCGUUCACGGGUUCUACAAAGGUAGGCCAGUUGAUCAAAGAGGCCGCAGCCAAGAGUAAUCUGAAAAGAGUGACUUUGGAGCUGGGUGGGAAGAACCCCUGCAUUGUCUUUGCUGACUCGGACUUGCAGUUGGCGGUGGAGGAGACCCAAAAGGGAGCCUUCUUCAACCAGGGCCAGUGCUGCACGGCCGCGUCGCGUGUCUUCGUGGAGGAACAGGUCUAUGAGGAGUUUGUACGCCGCAGCGUCGAGAGUGCCAAGAGUAUCGUCAUAGGAGACCCCCUGGACCCACGCACAUCACACGGACCACAGAUUGAGCAGAAGCAGUUUAAUAAGAUACUGGAGUUGAUUGACAGCGGGAAGAAGGAGGGAGCCAAACUGGAAUGCGGGGGCGUGGCCAUGGAGGACACAGGCCUCUACAUCCAGCCCACCGUAUUCUCCCAUGUCAAAGACCACAUGCGCAUCGCCAAGGAAGAGAUCUUCGGUCCGGUCCAGUGUAUAUUCCGCUUCAAGAGCCAGCAGGAGGCCAUAGAGAGAGCCAACAGUACGGAGUACGGCCUGGCUUCUGCCGUGUUCACACGCAAUCUGGACCGGGCUCUCUCUGUGUCUGCCGCCCUGGAGACUGGCACCGUCUGGGUUAACUGCUAUAACGCCCUUCAUGCCCAGGCACCAUUCGGAGGAUACAAAAUGUCAGGCAAUGGACGAGAGCUGGGCGAGUAUGCAUUGGCAGAGUACUCUGAGGUGAAAGCUGUGACCAUCAAACUAACUGAGACGCUGUGAGGGACACAGGAGAGACCACACCCCACUGCUAGAGCCCAGCCCAGCACUUCUCUGUCAUCAGCCCAGGCUGUGUCCCAACACUCUGAAGCCACUUCCUUUCCUAAUCUUCUUGUCUCCUUUCCUUUAUCACCUUUGGUCUUAAAGAGUUUGAUUGGUGUGUGUGCUGUGCUCAAACCCUAUUCAACGCAUAUUUCACCUAUCAGUCAAAGUCACAAGAUGUAAAAGCCAAGGAAAGGACGCCAUCGAAGGGUGUUGGGACACUGCAGUGGCUUGAAGUGGCUUUCUUUCGUUGGCAAAUUAAAGGAGACAAGGAGAGGUGGCCAAUCUGGAAGUGAAUUGGAACGCAGCCAAACCCUAUUAGAGUUUCAGCCCCUCCCACAGCUCUAUUGUUCCAGGGGUGUAUUCAUAGGAACCAAAUGGAAGCAAACUGGGAGGGACCUGCCUGAAUUUGUCCAAUAGAAAUUGCUACGGUUUGUUACACUUUGCACUAAUGAAUACACCCCAGCCCUUUACAAUGAGAAUCUCCAUUGAAAGGUUGUCCUCUGUAGCUCAAUUGGU